AUGACAGACGAUCAGCCAUGGAUGAUAGUUCAAAAACAAGUUGAUGUUUUUGAUAAAUUAUCAGCUUUUAUUUAUUGUGAUCGACGACAACAUUUACUUGUAUUCAAUCAUUCAGCUAAUAGAAAUAUAAGUAUUUCUUCAUCUAGUUCAACAAUAAGUAUUCCUGAUGCUCUAAAUAUAAGUCAUAUACGUUCAACCCAUGCUGUUGACUUACAAACAGUUAUUUAUCUUGAGCGUAUUCAAUAUAUACAACGAGGUGGUAGUAGUACUAAUCGUCGUUCAGCUCGUGAUUACAAUCAACUUCAAACAAAUCGUCAACCUAAUCAAAAUGGUCAUUAUGAUCCUCAAAAAAGACAAAUAGAAAUUUAUUAUUCUAAAGAUCAACAUCGUUCAGAAUAUCUUUAUAAAAGUAUCACUUUUCAAUUGAUGAUAGUUGAUGAUGAAUGUGAUAAAUGGAUUAAUGCACUUUAUACAGUUAUAGAUGAAGCUAAAAAUUUAUCUGAGGCAGGAAAAAGAAAUCGUUGGCUUUUACGAGAAUAUGAAAAAUUAAAAAGAUCAUCUGGCGGUUUAACAAUCGAUUCAAUAAAUAAUUGGCUUAGUUCUCAUAUUGGUCUUAUUGGUGAAAAACAAAUUGUAGAAAAACGGAUACAAGAAAAUAAAAUAUUUGCUCAAUCAAAUGAAAUAACUGAUUCAGUUUUUAAAGCAACAUAUAAUUAUUUGACUAAUCAACAACAAAAAGUUCUUAUGAAAAUUCUUGCGUCUGAUAUAAUAGAAGAAAAUCAAAUUUCACUUGAGGCAUUUGCUUCACGUGUUACGAAUAAUGAAAUUGAUUUGGUACAUCACGAAUCAGAGAACAUACGGGAAUUUUUAAGAUUAAAUAAUAAUCAAAGAGAAAUUACUCUUAAACAAGCUAUUGAUUAUUUAUGGUCUGAAGCCAAUUCAGCAUUUGAUCCAAUAUGUCGUACACAGUGUAAUCAAGAUAUGAAUCAACCAUUAAAUCAUUAUUGGAUAUCAUCAAGUCACAAUACUUAUUUAGCUAAAACUCAAAUAUUUAAUCCAGCUUCUGUUCAUUGUUAUAUUCAAUCUUUAUUAAAAGGAUGUCGCUGUAUUGAAAUUGAUGUUUUCGAUAGUCGAACUGGUGGCGAACCAGAAGUAACACAUAAAAAUACUCGUAUUAAGCCAAUACCAUUACGUGAGAUUCUUGAAGCUGUUCAUGAUUAUGCUUUUGCUACUAGCGAAUAUCCAAUAAUAAUUUCAAUUGAAAAUCAUUGUUCAGUACAACAACGUUUUGUUAUGACUUCAAUAUUUAAAGAAAUCUUUCGUGAGAGUCUUGUUCAGUCACCUUUAUCACCAAAUGAAACUUGUUAUCCUUCACCUAAGCAGUUAAAAAGAAGAAUUAUUUUAAAGGAUUCAAAAAGUGAUAAUGUAUUAACAAUAGAGUCACAAGCAAGCUCAGAAUCAGACGAGCAAGUGGAUUCUCCACCAAAUGGUCUUGAUGGUCAUAUUCAAUUAUAUGAUUUUGCAAAAAAAGAUUGGUUUCAUUAUAAUUAUUCAUUUCAAGAUAAAGAUCUUUAUUUGGGUAAAGAUCAAGAUAUACAUAAACAACGAAAUUCAGAUGAAGACACUAGUGAUGAUGAAACUAAAGAAAAUAAUAAAUCAGACGAUGAAUUAACACAAAUUUGGUAUCAUAGAGCUAUUUCACAUCAGGAUGCAGAACGUAUUCUUUUAUCAAAUGCUGGUUAUGAAUCUGGAACUUUUUUAAUACGAAAAAGCCCUAAUAAAAAUUGUUAUUGUGUUACAUUUCUUGCAUCAAAUUCUACGGUUAAAAGUAUUCAAAUCGAAGAAGAAAGAAAUAAGGAUGGAAAAAUUCUCUAUUUCUUAUCACAGAAAAAGUUUGAUUCAAUACCAGAUCUUGUUUCUCAUUAUCGAACAUAUGAUUUUGCUGAGAUUGUUGGAGAAUCAACAAAAACAAUAUCAUAUCGAUUAACAAAACCAUUACCAAGAGCAAAAUGGCGUCAAGAACUUCAACGACAACCAUGGUAUCAACCAAAUUUAACGCGACAACAAGCUGAAGAUUUAUUAUUAGGUAUUGCUGAGGAAAUGACAUUUCUUAUACGAGAUUCAUCAAACCGUGCUCGUCAAGAUUAUACAAUAUCUGUUUAUAUAAAUGGUAUAAUACGUCAUUCACCUAUAUAUCGUGAUGGUUCAGAUUUAAUGUUAAUGUCAUUAACAUUUACAAGUUUAAUUGAACUUGUUAACUAUUUUUCUCGUAAACCAAUUUUUCGAAAACUAUGUUUACAAAAACCUGCAAAAUCUUAUGCAGAUUUUAUUAAUGAACAACGGCAAUUUAAAGCACAAGGAAUAAACACACAUAUAAUAAUUUUUAAAACAUUAGACGAUGCAAUUCAAUUAAAAGUUGAUACACUACGAACACUUCAAGUUGAUCAAAAUCCUAAUAAUCAAUCUGUUCAAGUUCAAUAUUAUAUUUAUGAUGAAAAUAAAAAGAAAAAUGAAGGUUAUGUAUUCAAAUUCGAUACAGUCAAAGAUUACAAAAUGUUUUCAGAGAUGCUUUGUCCUGGAUCAUCACAAUUAUUACCAAUAAGCUUACCACAGGAUGAAAUCGUAAAUAAUAUGCAUAGUCUUUCAACAGGUCCUAAAAAAUUGACACCUACUCCAACAUCACUUCAUCAAUCACCAACAUAUAUAGCAGAAUUAAAUAAAUUAAUUGUUUAUUGUCAAUCUAUUAAAAUGAAAGCAUACAAUAUCAAUAAAGCACAAGAUCUAGGUAAAUUAUUUUUAGUACUAUAA